AUGAUUAAUAAGAAAUUAAAUUCUUCAACAGAAAUAAAAGUAAAACUAGACUCUGUUGGAACAAUCUCAUUCAUAGGUGGUGCAAGAUUUACAGGCGACAAAGAUCUCAUUAAUAAUAUAUAUAAUUUUAUUUUACUCGAAGAUUCUCGUAAUUUUACCUUCAGUGUUAAUGGAAAAUUACGCCCUCAUCAUCCACCUUACGUGAUAAGUUUGAAAAUCAAUGGCAAAGAAAACUGCUUUAAUCCUAACAGGUCAUACUUUGAAAAAUACCAACUAGGUACUGAAGCAUUUUGGUCUCAAGCGCCUGACAAAUUCUGUGGAAGACGUAGAAUAAACACAAAAUAUACAGAACUACUGGUUAGUGGAUCCGCAUCAAAAUCCGGUGAAUGGCCUUGGCAUAUUGCAUUGUACAAACUCAAAAAGGGUACUCUUGAAUACAUAUGUGGUGGAACCCUUAUUUCAAAAUUUUCAGUUUUAACAGCUGCUCAUUGUGCAACGGUCAAAGGAGUCGCUUUGAAUCCAGAGAUACUUGGAAUAAUACUCGGGAAAUAUAGUCUUCUUGGAAAUGAAUUGACUACUCAAGAUAAAGAGGUAUACGAAGUAAUUGUUCAUGACGAAUUCGAACACCAAACUCUUAACAAUGAUAUAGCAUUACUAAAAUUGAGCACUGAGGCGAUCUUUAACAACUAUGUUCAACCAGCUUGCUUGUGGCUUGAUAAGGCAUAUGAUCAAAUGGAAUCAUAUAACAUUGUCGGAACGGUUGUAGGAUGGGGUAUCGACCAGUCGGAUAAUCUAUCAAAUAAACUCCAAGAAGCAACUAUGCCUUUAGUUCCUGAAAUAGAUUGUAUUAGAUAUAAUCCCAUCUUCUACAGCAAUAUACUGAACGGCAAAAAAUUCUGUGCUGGAUUCAACAAUGGCACGUCAGCAUGCAAUGGGGACAGUGGGGGAGGUUUUCUUGUCUUCGUACGUGACUCAAAAACCCCGACAUCGCAUUACUUGACACCAGAUAUUCCUGGAGCUUGGUACGUUAAAGGUAUCGUAUCCGUCAGUUUGGCUCGACAAGACGACUCAAUCUGCGACCCGAAGGCAUACACCGUGUUUACUGACGUCGCAAAAUACAGAGACUGGAUACUUAGUAAUAUGUAG